CACGAGGUGGCGCUGCGCAAGGGUGACGGUCGCACUCCCCCGCUUCUUUAUUUGGCUUCUUCCGAUUCUCUAAACAUGUAAGCGUGAUCGAGGGGGCUGCUGUUUCAGGUUGGUGUGCUUCAUGUGGGCCCGAAGAGCGCACUUUGCGCAGAGGCAGAGAGGGUGUCCCUCCAGCUCUUCGUCGCCCCGGCUGGAUCGGCUUGGGCUCGGGCUCUGCGUUUCAUUCCCAGCUGCCUUCGUAUUGUAUUUGGAACCCUAAACUGGAGACAUCUGCAGACACCUUUUAUAAAUAAACGAACUGCUGACUCCUGAGGAUUGUAAGAAAAAAAAACACACAACAAAAUAAACGGCGACCGUUGGCUUCUCUUUUUUCCGUGCUGAUUCCAUCUUUUUUUUUUGCGUCGGGAAAAGCUUUUGUGUUACCUUGGAGUGGACCACCGAGGGGAGAAGUGUCUACGCAUUUCGGAAGACCUCGUCUACGAUCGAAGCUGGAAAUUGACCAACACAGAUGCCCUGGUGCACAAGGAGAGUGGAGCUCGGAGUCGUCGCUUACUGAGACUGAACAUUUCCUUAGAGUGUCUGUUUCUUUUUCUAAGAGCCUAGAAUGGGGGGAACAAAAAGUAAGCCGAAGGAGCAAAGCCAGCGAUCCAGAAGCCUAGAUGGAACCAUUGGCACUGGCAGUUCUCAGUAUCCUAGCCACAACAUCCCGUCGACAUACACCCCCAAAAGAAGUCCAGCCGUCGACGGAAAUCGUCAUUUAAACCAGCCUUUCAAUUCCUCCGAUCUUCCCCUUUUUGGAGGAUUGGAAGUUAUUGGAGUCGCCACUCCGCAGCGAGGUGGGCUACUUGCAGGUGGUGUCACUAACUUUGUAGCACUUUAUGACUAUGAAUCAAGAACUUCCACAGACCUCUCCUUUAAGAAAGGCGAGAAGCUACACAUUAUCAACAAUACGAGAAGGUUAAAUUGCAGGGAAGGUGAUUGGUGGUUGGCUCGAUCCCUGACGACUGGAAACACAGGCUACAUUCCUAGUAAUUAUGUAGCGCCUUCUGACUCCAUCCAAGCAGAAGAAUGGUACUUUGGGAAAAUUACACGUCGGGAGUCAGAGAGGUUACUUCUUAAUGUGGAAAACCGGAGAGGCACUUUCCUAGUCCGAGAGAGUGAAACUACUAAAGGUGCCUACUGUCUCUCUGUCCUUGACUAUGAUAGCACAAGAGGACUCAAUGUGAAACAUUACAAAAUCCGCAAACUGGACAGUGGUGGAUUUUACAUUACAUCUCGCACGCAGUUCAAUAACCUCCAGCAGCUCGUGACCUACUACCGCAAACAUGCAGAUGGUCUCUGUCAUUGUUUGACAGAUGGAUGCCCUACACUAAAGCCUCAGACGCAGGGAUUGGCCAAAGACGCUUGGGAGAUUCCGAGGGAGUCAUUGCGUCUCGAAGUCAAGUUGGGGCAAGGAUGCUUUGGAGAAGUGUGGAUGGGGACCUGGAAUGGAACAACGCGUGUAGCCAUCAAGACUCUAAAGCCUGGCACUAUGUCACCGGAGGCUUUUCUCCAAGAAGCCCAAGUGAUGAAGAAGCUUCGUCAUGAGAAGCUUGUUCAGCUUUAUGCUGUCGUCUCUGAGGAGCCCAUUUAUAUUGUCACAGAGUACAUGAGCCAAGGUAGCCUUUUGGAUUUCCUUAAAGGAGACAUGGGGAGGAUGCUUCGACUACCUCAGUUGGUGGAUAUGGCCUCUCAGAUUGCUGCAGGAAUGGCCUAUGUGGAGAGAAUGAAUUAUGUUCAUCGGGACCUUAGAGCAGCCAACAUCUUAGUUGGUGAUAAUCUAGUUUGUAAAGUGGCAGAUUUUGGGUUAGCACGAUUAAUCGAAGACAACGAGUACACUGCCAGACAGGGAGCAAAAUUUCCCAUUAAGUGGACGGCCCCUGAGGCCGCUUUGUAUGGCCGCUUUACCAUUAAGUCAGACGUCUGGUCGUUUGGCAUUUUACUGACUGAACUUGCAACCAAGGGAAGAGUACCCUAUCCAGGUAUGGUCAAUCGUGAAGUGCUGGACCAAGUGGAGCGUGGCUACCGAAUGCCAUGUCCUGCCGAAUGUCCAGAGUCCCUCCAUGAACUGAUGUUAACGUGCUGGAGGAAGGAACCAGAGGAACGUCCCACGUUUGAGUAUAUGCAGAGCUGCCUUGAGGACUACUUCACAGCCACGGAGCCACAAUACCAGCCUGGGGAGAAUUUAUAAGAUCAAGGCUUUAGAAGAGGACCAUCUGCUAAGCUUUCCCGAUCUGGCAUGAGCAUUUCUUCCUCAUGGUGUGGAAACUGGAGACUGUGGUCUAUGGUUUCCUGUGUUUCUGAAGCAAUUAUAGCUCUUUACAAAACUGCCAAUGAGACCUUGCGUUCAUGAGUGUUAAAUUGAUCAUUAACUUUGAGAAUAAAUCUGUUUUCUGUU